GCCUCAUGUGCCGGGAUCUAAAAAAAAUCGCUUUUUUUAAAGGGAAACCAAGGUUGUCGAGGUCUGUGGUGGGCACGGUGAGAGGAAGGUUGCAGGGCCCUUGUGGGAGCAGAAGAGCUGUGCUAUUCCCCCUUUUGUCCUCUCAUGCCCCCCACCCCACCCCCGUGUGUUCCCCUGUGUGUAAGUGACCCCACACCCCCACCUGCCCCAAACCUGAUCUCUCCGCCCGUUGUGUCGUCGCUCCCGCCCGAAGCCCCCCUCUCACCCCAUGCUUGGGACAAAGCCAGCUCACUGCCAGCCCAAUGACUGCCUGGAAUGUCCUGCCCCUCAGCCUGUCGGUCUUCUCCAUCACAGGAAUAGGGAUAGUGUAUACCAUGGCUGUGAUGAAUCACCAUGUUUGUCCUAUAGAUAACUGGUCUUACAACGUGACAUGCACAGACGACCUUCCCCGGCCAGGCUUCCCGAAGACAUGCUGCACCAUCCAGGACAUCCCCCUCAUCAGUAAAUGUGGCUCUUUCCCUCCUGAAAGCUGCUUGUUCAGCCUGAUUGGCAACGUUGGAGCUUUCAUGGUGGUGAUGGUGUGCCUUCUGCGCUACGCCCAGGUGAUCGAGCACAGCCAGCAAUGUUGGGUCAACACCAGCGCCUUGGUUUUUGGCUGCAUCAACGCUGUGGGUCUGGUCAUGGUGGGAAACUUCCAGGUGGAUCAUGCCAAGUCCGUGCACUAUGUGGGCGCUGGUGUGGCCUUCCCAGCAGGGCUGCUGUUUGUGUGUCUGCAGUGUGUGCUCACCUACCGUGCAGCUGUCACUGCCCUGGACUACUGGAUGACCCAUUUCCGGGUGACACUGGCACUGGGAGCCAUGGUCUCCGUCGUCCUCAGUGGCAUCUUCUUCAUCCACGAGAGCUUCAUCCUGCAGCACGCCGCCGCCAUCUGCGAGUGGAUCUUCACGGUCGACAUCCUGGUUUUCUACGGCACCUUCACCUACGAGUUUCGUACCGUUACCAGCGAGACCAUAUUGGCGGGCCUGCAGCAGUGUCACCACGGCUCGGGCGUGAUCAUGGGCCCCAGGGCCCAGGGCUCGACACUGGGCGGGGUGACCAAGGGCCUCAAGUCCCCCGGGGGGAGCAGCACAUCCACACAUCUCAACUGUACCCCGGAGAGCAUAGCCAUGUUGUAGCUCUGCAGCACUGCCCAAAGGAGUCAACUGUCUCUGCAGCAUGUGGAGGACGAGAGUAAGUUGUGAUAUCUUUAACCGUUGAACCGACACCAGGUUGUUACAUCUAUACAAACUAUGCUGUUGUUGUUUUUUUUCCCCUCCCAACAUUGGUGCAAACCCCUGCAGUCACAUGGCCUGUGACGUCGUCUGCAGCCGUGUUGCAAGGAGGGUUGAAUGUGUGGAGCCAGUUUGAAUGCGGGAACCAUGAAUGUUUUCUAAGACGGCUGUUGAUUUUGGCAGUUCUUCACUUGAGUAGAUUCUUUUUGUUGUCGUUUUUUUUUUUUAAAUGAAUGUGUUACUGGUGGAAAUGUAAAUUACUUGAACGCACAAGGUUUAUUCUCCCUCCCCAUCCACUCCUCCAUCAUCUACCCAGUGCUUUUGUGUGGCCCACCUGUUUUUGGCCUUUAACGUAUCUCUGCACGGCACACUUUUUUUUCGAACGAGAGAAUUACAAUUUUUGCGUUUGCGUAGCGAGUAGAAAACACAGAAUGUUUGAGAUGUGAAUAGUUAAAACAGUUUUGUCAUGUUUUACAGGUUGUAAAAGCAUUUGGCCCUUUAAGACCAAUCGAGCAUUAAUCAAUAAUGGAAUUUUCAAUCAACAAUUUGAUUUGGUUGCACAAAUGAUUUGAAUGCCAAAAUGUUGAUGGCAUUUUUUAUUUUUCACAAAGUAUGUAUGUGUAUCUUGAGCCAUUGUAAUUUCUGAGGUCAUGAUCCUCUCACUGACACGUGAGCGCAGGAUUACUCCCAAAAACUUGUCGCCAUGACUACGACCAUGUGCACCUCAAUCACUUUUAACCGAGAAUCUCUGUCAUCGUCCCACGAUUUGCAUGAUCCGACGACUUCUGUCGUAACAGUUACGUUUUAAUGCUACCUUCUAUUUAGUGUCCGGUGCAAUAAUCGCCAUCAGUCGUCUGAUAAUUUACACUCCACUGGAGUGAACGAUGCCUUUUACAGUGUGUUGGAGCUGAACCCGGGGCUCUAUGUUCAAAAGAAUGUGACCUGCAGCUUGUAGUACAAUUGUAAUCCGACUUACACAUUUCAGUCUGGACCACUAUAGAGAAAAUGUAUUAAUUUCAAUAAUAGCAAAAGGUAUGGCUCUGUUCUGGGACCUCCUGAGAAAGCCUGAGGUAGGGAGAGCAUCUCCCUACCCUUCCAUGCGGGAGAGCAUUUAAAGAUCCCCAGCACAGAACAGAGCCUGCAUCGGAGGUGGGUGGGUGGAUGUUGGCUACAGAUGAUUUCGAUGAUAAUGUUUAGAAUCAAAACUUGUAAGAUAUGUUAUCGGAGAAGGAUGGCUCUACUUCCAUGCGCCCAAUUAAUGUCAUAACUCUGCAUUACAUGUUGAUGACUCUGCAAGAUCUGCAUGCCCACUUGAUGUUAUGACAGGGAUGGUUUCAUUUACCCGGUGUCUCUGACAAGUCUCUGACAAGUCUCUGCUGGUCAUUCGAGAGAAGACAGAUUUCAGGCACUUGGCUUCACUUUCCGGACCCGGUGACCACGUUCUUUUUUUAUACCCAGUCUAUGGUUGAAACAGGAGAUAUAGCGAUGCGGUCUUUGCUGCUCAAAUGUUGAGCGAAUGAGCAGUUUAGUAGUCUGGCGGCAGGCCUCGGUAUUAUCAGAGAGGGGGAGGGCGGAAAGUUGACAGGCUCCUUCGAAACUGACUGAGAAUGGAGGAUGAUUGUCUGUACAGUAGCUGCUUUGAUUUGGGCUUCUCAGAUUUGGAGAAAUUGCAACAGCGAGAGGAUAAAAAGAAAAAUAAUUGAUUGCAGUUCCCCGCACUCUCCACGGGACUGUGAUGCCCUCGAAGCUGUUCGAGUGACGUCAUCGGUCGGCAACGCCACUGUUGAACUUGAGGUUGAGGAGGGCGCUGCCAGAGCUACUGGAUGAUGGACAAAGUUGACAUGAUAGUGCUACUCUCCUGCCCCCGCGGAGCUGGAUGGAACGUCUCUCUCCCCGUGAACGUAUUCCUCUGCUUCAGACCGCUAAUGCCGUUCCGUAAUGCAGUCAAUCUGCCAAGGACGAGGGGUCGACAAACACAAGUAGCUCGCUCUCUCUCUCUCUCUCUCUCGCUCUCGCUCUCGCUCUCGCUCUCUCGCUCACUCUCGGGAGCAGUCAGCUGAUGUGGGCUGGCAUAGAGAUCUCCACUGUCACCUUGUCCCGGGAUCGUGGCUGAGCUCGACCUUGUGGCCUAACUGAAGUAACGCUACGCUCAGUUUCCAGAAUAACCACAGUAGUUGUCGCACACACUGAUUUUGAUUCCGGUCGGAAGCCUUGCGUGAGUUUUUCCGUUAAAGUGGAAGUGACGUGAAGCCUGCUCAGUGAUUACAGAGACGGGGAAUUCUGAUGCUUGAAAAGCUUGUGCCACAAACCUCACCGCUUCACAACGGUGUCUAUACAAUGUUACGACCAGACGAUAGUGUUCAGGGUCGUAGACUGAAGUGAAAGUGUGUCACAUGUUGAGGUUUUUUUUGUAUAUUUCUUUUUUUGUUGCCAAUUCCUGUCAAAGUGAAGGACGUGUGACAACCACUGCUCAAACUCAAGCUGACGACCACAAUGUAGGUUAGACUCUCGCUAUGUGGGCGAGUUAGUUCUCUGUGAGCUGUGUUUCUUCACACAGAUUAGAGUGUUCUGCCCUCUGCGUCGUGUUCAUACAUUUCAAAACUGUCCAACCAACGGAUGCCAGCAAUACACAUGUUCAAAAGGUCACCUCACCUACCUCCUGUGUUAUUUCGUUUAUGUUUAACGGUGAAAGCUUUGGCCCUUUUCCACUGGCACUUUUGGCCGUGCCGAGCCAAACCGCGCCGAUUUGCUUUUCCAUUACCGCGCUUACUGCGCUGUGCUGCGCCCGGUAUGGACUUUCUCUGGUGUGGGCCAAAUAAGCUGGCCCCCUCCUCCAAACGGGCUGCGCUGACGUCAGGUGGCGUCAUCAUUAUUCAGCGCCAUCACCCUGAGCUAUUCUACUUUAACGUCGCCAAGCUAUUUUUACUCUCUGGUUCUUCUUCGUCUUCUUUCUAUAAAAAUGUUGAACGAUAGCCACAUCUCCCUCGAGCUCUUGUUGCUCCAUUGCGUCAUCCCUUCUUCAGUAGAUGCCGAGCAAAAUCAAAACAACAGCCUGGAAAUCCAUUGUGAGCCGUACCAACGGACGUUGCACAAGGCAAAAGUAAAAAAGCAAAAGUGGCAAGGGCUUCAUACGUCAUCAACUCAGGGUGGCGCAUCUUCGGUCGAGAGCACACCCACGACUAGGUCGCCCCGCUGUGAUGGAAAAGCAAACUCCUGCCGCGCAGACAAGUCGUGCCAAACCGUGCCGAGCCAAGCCAGCACAUGUUUAUGGAAAAACGCCAACUAGAGUUCCAACAUGUUCUCCGUCUCACAAUGGUUUGAGGUCGAGUAAAGUAUUUCAAUAUAGCAUGACAGGGGCUCAGCGAUCCACAAAGAUCAGUCGCAACAAGCGUCGGCACUCGACAGGUCAGUGGAUCAGCUGCGGCACAAGAUGGGUAAUCAUGCGUCAGGUCUGUUUUUUGUUACUUUUCAUGCGAAACCAGUUAAACUCAUUCUUUCCGGGACUGCAGCGAUCAUGUCUCGUUCUGUGAUCAUGCCAAAAAAAAAAGUUGUGAUUGAUUUUCUGUGUGGCUGCAGCAGGUGUAUGAAUUUGUGCGAGUGCACUGGUUUAAAGCCUUAUCCCUCGUACUGUGCCCGGGGAUUAUGUUGUGAAUUUUUGUUACUUUGUGUUCAAAUGUAGCCUCUUUUUUUUUUCACCAUACUGUAACCAAGUCACGAGGCGUGACGACAAAUGGCAGCUCGUGUGAGCCCUCACAUCAGGGCCAGAUUUUAACUGUAUCACCAUCUUUCAUAGCCCCAAAGUUUCACGGUGUGUUUUACAUACUUUUCUUAUUUUAUUUUCUGUCAAAACGUGCUCCUCCGUAAGCAUUUCAUGUGGUGCGUCUGAUCGUGGGAGAGUCCUGUAUUACAAAAGAUUGCCUGACCCGAACACGUGUUGCAACACAGAAACUACAAAAAUGGAUUUGUCUCAUUUCCUCCCCGUUUGAAAAAGUAUGUUGCAGAACGAUACCGGAGGAGUCGCGAUUCCCUGAAAACGAGUCAACACAGAUUCUUGUUUCCUUUUUUUCUUCAUUUUUUAAAAUAAAUUCUGUAAAUAUUUAAUGAUUUGUCUAUCAUUUAGGUAUUUUCAUUUGACAGAGAUUUAUAUUCAAAUAUGAAAUAAAAAUGCUAAAUUAUUAGCAG